CAAAGCUGGAACUGACCUCCCCAUCCCGACAACACCAACAACAUCACCGCCCUUCGUUUUCUCCACCCUCCCCCCCCGAAUCGAUCGCGGGUGAUCCUCUGCUAGGCUGUCGACGACAGUCUCGACACCUCUGGAGCACUGUGCGGUCGCAUCCCCCCUUCUCUCCCCCCCGUCUCGGCACAGCGAGGCUCCUCCACCUUCCAACAGAUCGAGCCUCACCUCGAUCUGGACAGACCAUCACACUCAUACCAGCCUUGAGUGUAACUUGUUACCUUUACGAUCAACGAUUUCUUUUUAAGAUACCCUUCAGCGAGUCCUCUUACCUACAACAGUCUUUGAGAAUACCAGGAGAGCCAUUGUCGUCAUAAUCUCUGCACAUCUUGUGAACAUGGCUUCUUCAAACACUAUGUACUCUCCGGGUCAGUUCAUGAACCCUGGACCUGCCCCUCGACCCCCUACCGACCGACCCCGACUUAAUCUCACUCCUACUACCGCCAACCUUCCGGGCAACAUGUCUCAAAUGAGCAUUUCACCCAUCACCCGCACUGCAACUUCUACCUACACCGGCUCAACCGUAUCCCUUCCCCUUGCACGUCAGGCAUCCAACAUUGAUGGCCAAGGAGGUGUCGCCGUCAUUAAGGAGGGCUGGGCUUCCGUCAAGGAGGGCAAGAACUUCAUUAGUCCAUGGAAGCAAAAGUGGCUCAUAUUGCGAAAGGAGACCCUUGAUUUCCACAAGACUGAAGCUGGCAAAGUCUCUUAUCAGAUCGUCCUAAAGGAUGUUCUAGGUGUCUCUCGUGUUGAGGCCGCUGGUACGAUGUUCGAGAUCAAGCGAUCGCUCAAUGGUACUUCGACCAACCCUGGCGACGAUGACAAUGGCGCAAGAACUCUCCAGAUCAAGGUCAAGGGCGACGACGAAUUGUAUGAGUGGAUUGACUUCAUCUACGCCCGUUGCCCUGGCAUGGGUGGUGUUAGCAACCCUACCAACUUCAACCAUUCUGUCCAUGUCGGAUUCGAUCCACAGACUGGGGAGUUUGUGGGCUUGCCCCCUGAGUGGUCAAAGCUCCUCAACUCGUCCGCUAUUACCAAGGAGGACUACGAGCGCAACCCGCAAGCCGUAUUUGAGGUAUUGGAGUUCUACUCUGAUAUCACCAAGCGUGCACAAAACCCUCAGCAAUACUCUAGCAUGACCCCUACACCUCCUGCCACUGCAAAUCAAAACAAGCAACUUGGUUACUCUAUGAACGGAACCAACGUUGCCCCCCCGAGACCAGCCCCGCCCACGCAGCGCAAUGGUACCUCUCAAUCUUCGUCUCCCAGCAGUGCUAGCACACCAGUUCGACCAACAGCGCCCGAGACGCAGCAACAACGCCAGCAGAUGCAGCAGAUGGCUUCCAACUAUGUUGAUCCUGAAUCGCGUGAGCAACAGCGUCAGAAGCAGCUCGAGCAGCAGCGCCAGCGUGAGAGAGAGAUCGAGGAGCAGAACCGAAAGGAUAUGGAGGCUUAUAACGCAUCACUCCCAAAGACUCGAACCCCGAUCGCUAAGCAGGAGAUUGGUGGCUUCGGAGGUGGCAGCUCCACAACUGACCGCUACAACCCCUCUAGAGCUGCACCUCCUACCCCCGCGGCUCGUCAAGCUCAGCAGGCGCAAGCAUCUGCAUCCCUCCGAACCCAGAGACAAGCCCCUUCCGCUCCCACUUCAAGCAAUUCUUCUUCUCGCCCUGCGCUUACCACUCAGACCAGUUCUUCCUCUGUCCGAGAGCAGAAUGGCGGAACUCGAUCACCUGCUGCACGAGCUGAUCAAAGCACCCAGCGUACUCAAGAUGCUCGUUAUCAAAAUGGCACCAACGGAUCCCAGCAAUCAUCAAGUCGCUCCGCUGCAAAUGCGCAGCAGAACACCCCUCCUUCUCGUCUUCCUGCGCCAGUCAACCAAGUCAAGCCUCUUAAUGUUGCAGCCAAGCCGCAGAAUGGAGCUUCGUCCGCCAACGGUGCUCAGACCGACGCUGUGAAGGCAGCUGAAGCUGCUUUGACGGCCAAGCCUGCCGCUACUGAGCGGAAGCAAGAUGUUCGGAUGUCUACCAUGUCUGAAAACGAAGUUAUGGCGAAGCUGAAGGAAGCUGUCUCCAAGGAUGAUCCUAACAUGUCAUAUUCAAAGCAGAAGAAGAUCGGCCAGGGUGCCUCUGGUUCAGUCUAUGUUGCUAAGGUUAAGGAGAACCCACUGUCGCCAAUUGCUAGGGAGGUGGUUCGCCAGCAGGGAAGCAAGGCUCAGGUUGCCAUCAAGCAAAUGGACUUGGCGCACCAACCACGAAAGGAGUUGAUCGUUAAUGAGAUCAUGGUCAUGAAGGACAGCAAACACAGAAACAUCGUGAACUUUCUCGAUGCUUUCUUGCGUAACAACUACUCGGAGCUCUGGGUUGUCAUGGAGUAUAUGGAGGGAGGUGCUUUGACAGACGUUAUUGAUAAUAACGCUGUAAUCACUGAGGACCAGAUCUCUACCAUCUGUCUUGAGACUUGUCGUGGUCUUGAGCAUCUUCAUCAACAAAGCAUCAUCCAUCGCGACAUCAAGAGUGAUAACGUUCUCCUCGAUGCUCGUGGUAAUGUCAAGAUCACCGAUUUUGGAUUCUGCGCCAAGCUCACGGAGUCCAAAUCCAAGCGAGCUACUAUGGUCGGUACGCCGUACUGGAUGGCUCCCGAAGUCGUCAAGCAGAAGGAAUAUGGUCCUAAGGUCGACAUCUGGUCCCUCGGUAUCAUGGCGAUUGAGAUGAUUGAAUCGGAGCCGCCCUAUCUAAAUGAGGAGCCGCUGAAGGCACUUUACCUCAUCGCAACAAAUGGCACACCCCGUUUGAAGAAGCCCGAGAAGCUCAGCAAGGAGUUGAAGGCUUUCUUGUCGGUCUGUCUCUGCGUCGACAUUCGUAGCAGAGCUUCCGCGAACGAGCUGUUGCAACAUGACUUCCUCAAGCAUGGAUGCACUCUUGCCAGCUUGGCCGACUUGUUGGCUUUCCGUAAGCACGCCAAAUAAGCGGUUCCAAAAAUGCAUAGGUGUUAUGAUCACGUUGAUGACUUACUAUGAUGAUGGAAGAUAUGGUCGGGGUUUUCAUUUCAUUUCACUCACUGCAACGAGGCGCAUUGUUCGUGCUGGAUCCGCACAUACAUUCAGCAUGAAUUCCCGGCGUUUGGGAAGCGGCUUAUUGUGCUCUGGGUGCGCUUUAUUGCAGCGAUAGUGAUUGCUCUCAAGGUUGUUGCUUAAUUAUGGCCAUCAAUCAGCAGAUGAGGGCAUGCUUUGCGUAUUUUUUUGCUUCUCUAUUUCUCGGAAUCUGAGACAGCGGGUGUUUAUGAUGCCUUCUGCACCUCAGAAUGAGAACAUGGUUAUGAGACGUGGGCCAUACCAGAGAACAAACGGCGUUUAGUGUAGGUAG